AUGGCAGUCCUCCAUGCCAUGCUGCUGCAGCCACUGAAGAUGUUUCUGUGCCUCAGUCUACAGCUUUCUUCUGCCACCUUUAUAAGGUACAGUAACACCUGCUUCACCUUUGAUGAAUAUUACACCAUCACCCUAGACAUCAAGGCCAGUUCACAUAUCUACGAAAGCAAUGCAGUCUAUUCUGGAUUCGUUUCCGUGAAUGACAGCGUCUAUGCUGUGGUCAGGAAAGCCUUGGACAAGAACGGUGACUCAGUGGGCCUCUGGCAAAGAGCGGAUGAAAACUGCUACAGCAACUCCACGUUUUACGUGAAAGAUCAAUACAUGACAGUCCUAGAGGCACAGUGGCAAGCUCCUAAAUCUGAGAACAUAACUGAAGUGGAGAUAUAAGCUUUCUCUGUGCAGACCAGAGCCCUGACUAUACUUUCUACUCUGAAGCUGACAGAAAAAGUGUCAACCUUAACCUUAGCUGCCAAGAUUCUCCAGAGCUCAGCCUUGAAGCCUUUCUUCUUGAUUACGCCCAAGAGUAUCAGACUCAAAAGCUUGGCCAACCGAGUCUUCAGCAGACCCAUCACAGAUGCCAUUUAUAUCCUGCGCUUUCUCACCAGCACACUUCUCUUCUAA